UAAGGAAAGGAGAAAGAAGAAAGCGAUAGAGGGAAAGAAAAUUGCAGAGAAAAGUUUACAGAUUAUGAAAAACAAUACGAUCAAUGAUAUGAGUUGAGUUUAAAGAAAGAAGUGAAUAUUCCUAUAGUCGAUUCCAACUUGUUCGAGACUAAGACGCAGUUAUUGUUGUUGUACGAAAAACAAGACGAAGAUGGGAGACGUGGUAAUAGAUAUGGAUGAUGUCAUAUCUUUGUGUAGAAUUUGCCAUGAACAAGAGUUUGAAAGCUUAAAGAGCUUAGAAACUCCUUGUGCAUGCUCUGGAACUAUCAAGUUCGCGCACAGAGAUUGUAUACAAAGAUGGUGUAAUGAAAAGGGAAAUACAACUUGUGAAAUUUGUUUACAGAAAUUUGAACCCGGAUUCUAUGUUCCAUCCCCUAAGAAGGUCCACUUGGUUGAUAAUACAGCAGUGACAAUUAGAGGAAGCCUGGAAGUUGUAAGAAGAUCAGAAGCAGAACCAGAAUCAUCAGCAGCAGAAGAAGAAAUCUUGGAAAGUCAAUGCUCACAAACUAGGGAUAGAAACUACUCUUAUUGUCGAACUGCCCUUCUCAUUUUCACAAUUGUACUUCUGAUGAGACAUGUGUUAAUGGUGCUCAAUGGAGGGGCAAAAGAUUAUCCCUUUACACUUCCUACUUUGAUUCUUAUAAAAGCUAGUGGGAUAAUCAUGCCAAUGUACAUCAUAAUCAUGGUGAUCACAACAAUUCAGAACGACAACAAGGGUUGUGGUGGAAUGGAUUCAGAAGACAUUCUAUCGAACUCUGACGAAGAAAACUAAAAAGACGAUCGAGCUUCUAAUUGCAUAUUUUCUCUAAACUGUAAAUUGUAUUCAAGACUUAUAACCCCAGUCGUCUCGAUGACUUACCCUACACCCAGUGUGUAUACCAAAUUAUGCAAAUUAAUCAUAGCAGUUGAAAAUUAAAGGGAAAAUACGUAUUAUUUAACCA